AUGACUGUUUCCAGCACCCAGACAGCCAUUGUGUCGGCAACCGCCACCGACGCCAGCACCGUGACGGAGACCGUGACAGAUACGCCCGAUAGCGUCACCACCAUCCAGACCGUCACCGCCACUUCUACCACCACGGUAACCACCACAUCCACGCCCACCACCGUUGUGCCGCUCACUUGCCAGGCUACGGGCCACAACUUUCAAGUUACCACGCCACGUCCUGACUCGACGUAUGCUUUAUGGUUGUGGCGGAGUGGCAACUUGGUCCAGUGGGUAAACUAUGUCGGUCUAGCAACCCCCACGGUCCUAUCGACUGUCUGGUCUCUGGAAAACAACGGUUAUAUCCAACCCACUGGCUAUGAUGGCAUCCUUUAUAUUCUAGCCGAUAGCUUGGGUGCCACUGUGCAGAUCAAGUUGGGCGACAGGGCCAGUGUUGAUGCCGGUGUCGCGGCCGGUACGAUGGCGCCGAUCAAGGGCUGUGUCGACCCAGCCACUGGUCGGUUUACCAUAUCAGCGAAUGGACGGCAGAACCUCGUGCGGUGCGGAGGUUCGGUGUAUAUCUCUAGCGGCAACGGGUCCGAUGCGGGUGCCGCUUGCGUCCAAGUUGCCCCAAAGGCUGUCCAGGCCUAUAUGUAA